CAGUGAAACAAACUCAGCAGGAGGUCUUGAUAGGCAAUUUGUGAGCCCCUAUCUAUAUGCUCAAGCCUGACCCACUGCACUGGGCCAACGCUACCCAACGCCCAGUUGCCAGUGUUCCCCUCCAGCGAAAGGACAGUCUGUGUGAGCAGUGGGCGAGUUCGGACCCCCCCACCCUCGCGGCGAGCCCCGUGCCCGAGCCUUCGGUAGCUGCACCGCGGUAGCUCGGGGAAGAGUUCCGCCCGAGCCGGUCUCCACGGCAGCCGCCUUCCGAAGAGCUCGUGGCGGCAACUCGGCCACCCGGACCCCCGGCCGCGAAGAUGUCCUCCAACGUCAGCUUGCUGCGCGAGACCUCCCGGCAGGUCGUUGCCGGAGCGUCUGCAGGUCUUGUAGAAAUUUGCCUGAUGCAUCCUCUCGACGUGGUGAAAACCAGGUUGCAGGUUCAGAGAAGUGUAAUGGACCCGCAAAGCUACAAAAGCGUAAGAGACUGCUUUCGGACGGUCUUCCGAACAGAGGGGUUUCUUGGCUUUUACAAGGGAAUUGUCCCACCCAUUCUGGCUGAAACACCAAAAAGAGCAGUCAAGUUUUCCACCUUUGAGCAGUACAAGAAAUUGCUGGAGUAUAUGUCACUAUCACCAGGGCUGACAUUUGCCGUUGCUGGAUUUGGAUCUGGACUCACAGAAGCCAUCGUGGUUAACCCUUUUGAGGUGGUAAAAGUUGGUUUGCAGGUCAAUAGGAACAUGUUCACAGAGCACCCGUCUACUUUUGCUUAUGCAAGACAAAUCAUUAAAAAGGAAGGCUUGGGGCUCCGGGGCCUCAACAAAGGAUUUACGGCAACUCUGGGACGUCAUGGAAUUUUCAACUUGGUUUAUUUUGGCUUCUACCACAAUGUCAAAAACAUUAUUCCAGCCAGUAAGGAUCCAACCUUGGAGAUUUUGAGAAAAUUUGGGAUUGGUUUUGUCUCAGGAACAAUGGGCUCAGUCUUCAACAUCCCCUUUGAUGUUGCCAAGAGUAGGAUCCAAGGGCCUCAGCCUGUUCCUGGAGAGAUCAAGUACAGAAGCUGCCUCAAAACAAUCUUGACAGUCUACCGGGAAGAAGGGAUUUUAGCCUUAUACAAAGGCCUACUACCCAAGGUGAUGAGACUUGGACCAGGCGGUGCGGUGAUGCUGCUGGUGUACGAACACGUCCACUCAUGGCUGCAGGAGAAAUGGUGAGAGGCGGAAGAGUCUUCCCCUCAGCCCCUCCAAGAGAAGACAGUCGGCCAAGCUAGACGUGCUGGGAGAAGGGAAGAUGGCCCGCCCGAGAGCAAAGCCUGUUCUGGUGUUUUAUAAAUUUGUAGGCAAAGUGACAUGGCAGUUUGGGCCAUGCACAUGACACUGUGAGAAGCAAACUAACAUGAAGCAGUGGAGUGUAAGUUAGGUAGAGAUAGGGUAGAGCUCAGAGGCAGUUCAUAAAAACUAUGCGAACUUCCUGACUCACGCUGCCUCGCCAUGAAGACGCAUUUAAUAAUUUUUUUUUCUGAGAAGUCUAUAAAUACUUAAAUUCUUGAAAAUAAAUUGUCCUGUGGCUACUUCCCUGAGAAUUUUUUCAAAGAAAUACUGAGGAAUGAGCCAAAAUUUAAGCACUUUUUAAAUAAGGAAUUACUUUUCCAUAAAUCAUAUUGUAAAAGAUAAGAAAGAAAAAAUUUAAACACACCAAAACAGCUUUUAGAGAAUGUUUAAUUUUGUGAGUGCUGAGUUAAAUUAUGAGUCUAUUGGUUUUCUCUAGCAAUAAUACACCGUUGGGCUCUGCUCUCCUAAAUCUAUUUUAUAUUUCACAUGGUGAUGUAAGUGGGUAAUUUUAAAUCAUGCUACUUGAAGUGUUUUAUUAAAAAUAAAUGAUAUUAUAUUCAUGAUAUUAUAUUCAACUGCUUUCUUUUUCAAAGUUCAUUUUGAAAACAAGUUUUAUUACUGAAAUAUUUUUUUUAUGUUAGGUCACAAAUUGAAUGAAUUCUUCGGGCCCUUCUCUGUUGCCUGUAUUUGCCUUGAAAUACCUUGUUCCUGAGCCUUUACCUACGCCAUUCUUUAAAAAGAUGUAGGAAAUAAAGCUGUUUCUCCAGAUUCUUAGGUUUAAGUGACAUAUUUAAGUACAAAAUCAACUGUUUAGAAUAUUAAAAAUGUCUACACUAAGAGGGAAAUGUUUCUAAAUGAAAAUACAUUCUUCAGCAUUUUCAAGUAAUCUUUUUUUUUUUUAAAAAAAAAAAAAGAUAGCUUUUUGGUCUUGAUACAAUGAAAGCUUAUUUUUAUGACUAUCCCCAGAAACAGAACUACUUUAAAAAUGUUUAAAUGACACCUGUUCUUAACUGCUACUGUCAACUAUUUCUACUAUGAGGAAACCUCACCAAAACAUUUUGAAAAUAAACAGUAAAGAUGA